UGGUGGUGGAGUUCUCUCUGGAUAAAAGCCCUUCUCCUACACGCAGGUGUCUCUCUGUCUGUGUGUCUCUCUGUGUCUCUGUGUGUCUCUGUGUCCCACUGCUGCUGCUGCUGCCGAUCUACAGAAGAGGAUGGCAAACACCGACAGAACCGCGAUUUCCCACGUCUUCAGGGGAACAUUUAUCCACGCGACCCAGAAGACAGCGGUGCAGAUCCUAGAAGACGCGCUCGUGGGAGUGGACACGGAGGGGAAGGUGGCUUUCAUUGGAAAAGGCGACAAACUCGACACGCUCUCGCGGACGUUUGGAUUCAGCCCGCGUGAAGUCACACAACUGACACAACAUGAGUUCUUCAUGCCCGGGAUGAUAGACAGCCACAUUCACGCGUCCCAGUACAGCUAUGCUGGUACAGCUCUGGACUUGCCGUUACUGCAGUGGCUCAGCACCUACACCUUCCCUGUGGAGUCUCGCUUCAAAGAUCUGGAGUUUGCCAAAAAGGUCUACACUCAAGUCGUGAAAAGAACCCUGAGAAACGGAACAACCACUGCGUGUUACUUUGCCACCAUUCACACAGACGCCUCUCUGCUGCUGGGCCAGAUAGCAAAUGAAUUUGGACAGCGUGCCCUGGUGGGUAAAGUGUGUAUGGACAGAAACAAUUCAGUGAAGCAUUACAGAGAGACCACACAGGAGUCUCAAGAGGAAACCUGUCGGUUCAUCGUGGAGCUCUUAAACAAAAAGUAUCCUCUCGUGAAGCCAGUAGUGACUCCACGCUUCGCUCCAUCCUGCACAGGAGCUUUGCUCGGACAACUGGGAUCAAUCGCUAAGAAUAACCACCUGCACAUUCAGAGUCACGUCAGUGAAAACAUCGAGGAGGUGAACCUCGUGAAGGAGCUGUUCCCCGAGUCGGAGUCGUACACAGACGUCUAUCACAAAUACAACCUGCUCACUGACAAAACAGUGUUGGCCCACGGCUGCCACCUCACUGACAAAGAGCUGGAUCUGCUGAGAGAGACGGGAGCCUCCUUGUCUCACUGUCCCAGCUCCAACUUUUCAUUGUGCAGUGGUGUGUUAAAUGUCCGAAAUGUCCUGAACCGCAAAGUGAAGUUGGGUCUGGGAACAGAUGUGGCAGGAGGCUACUCCGCUUCGAUGCUGGACGCUGUGAGGAGAACGUUGGACGCGUCGAAGGUCCUGACCAUCCAGGACCCAGACCAUGACACGCUCACCUUUGAGGAGGUUUUCAGACUGGCUACACUGGGAGGAAGCCAAGCUUUGUCCCUGGAUGACCAAACGGGGAAUUUUGUCGUGGGCAAAGACUUUGAUGCCCUGAGGGUGAAUGUAGCUGCACCCGGGGCACCAAUCGACCUGAUACAGAGUGAAGAACCAAAGAUUCUGUUGGAAAAAUUCUUAAAUUUGGGUGAUGAUCGUAACAUAGUGGAGGUGUUUGUGGCCGGGAGGAGGGUUGUGCCUUUCGCAGAGCCAGCGGAGUAAACUCACCUCCACCUGUGUUGGAGACUCUACCCUUGUUAUCUUCAGCGUUGUAAAAACUCACCACUGAUGCUCUGCCCUCCCUUCCCCUAUCUGGCCAUGUGCAUUGUUUUUUGACGGAGCCGGUGCUUUUAAAAUCUCGCCAUUUCAAAAAAAUCUAUCUAAUCUAAUAGAGACUGCUGCCAGCCGGCAAGGUUUAAGUGUGUGUGUGUCGUGCCUUUAGGCGAUCCGUGUUC